AUAAUUUUCUUCACACGGUCGUCUUACUUCUAAAACGAAGGAGAACCUGACUCACUCUUCAUCUUCGUUCGUUAUUCAGAUGUUUUUAUGUGACAAAACUCACAAGGAUAAAAGCUUGAUGUGACAAUAAGAAUUUCUCGUAUCAAAGAAUGGCCCAGACUGGUGUACUCAUUUUACGGCCUUACAGGAAUGAAAUAGGACGGCUGUUUCAAAGUUUGAAGGCAUGUUCCCACUACGUGCAACGUGUUCUGUACGUUGAUUUCAACUGUAUUUCACUUUUUGAACCCGACGGCACUGUCGGGGGAACAUUAUGUCGACAGGAAAUGUAUUCAGUGAUGGAAAUGGUUUAUAAAUCCAAAGCAAAGGAAUUAGAGAAGCUUGACAUAAGGUUUUUACUUGAAAGCAGAAGAAGUACUUCGUCAGCAUCAGCAACUUGUGAACGCCGAACUUUCAGCCAUAAUUUGGAUGUUGGACUUCUGUAUACUUCGUAUCAAAAUCAGAUCAACGUCGAGAUGUUAUGCAAUAGAUAUGGCUUUAGAAAUAUAGAUUCAUUACAGUUCCUUGAUGAUAACAUGUACAGCAACGCUGGAUUGACAGACGAACUGCUAGAACAAGACAAAGAAGUGAAGGAGUACGAUACUGUUGCCGUUAAAGGCACAUUUGACAGAAUCCAUAAUGGUCACAGGCUACUGCUGAGUACGUCCUGCUUUUUGGCAAUGUCAAAAAUUGUUGUUGGUGUUAGUAACGACUUUUUAUUGGUCAAUAAAACCUUACUGGAACUUAUCGAACCAUUGGAUUUACGUAUGAAGAAUGUUACAGAAUUUAUUGAAGAUAUUAAGCCUGGUCUUGUUAAAGAUAUAGUCCCAUUAUGUGACCCUGCUGGUCCCACAAAAACAGAUGCAACUAUUGAUUGCUUGGUCGUUAGUGAUGAAUCACGGAAUAGUGGGCAAGUAGUGAAUAUAUUACGGAAGGAUGCAAAUUUGCCUGAAGUGGAAUUGUUCUCCAUUGAUCUUGUCAGUAAUGAAGAUGUCCAAAGCUCAAAUGCUUCAAAACUCAGUUCCACAGCAAGGAGAUACAAUGAUCUUGGUGUGCUCAUUCGCCCUCCAAAAAGAAAUUCUUCUCAUUCAGUGGUGUACGUUAUUGGUUUGACUGGUGGAAUUGCUAGUGGAAAAUCUUCUAUAGCUAAACGUCUUGAAAAGCUUGGCGCACAAAUAUUAUCUGCGGAUUUAGUUGGUCAUUCGGUUUACGAACCAGGAACUGAGGCAUUUAACGAAAUCAUUGAUGAUUUUGGCGUGGGUAUUUUGAAUAAGGACGGAUUCAUUGAUCGAAAAAAAUUGGGUAGCAUUGUGUUCGAUGACAGCCUUAAACUUCAAAAGCUCAAUGCUAUUGUUUGGCCGGCUAUUAUGAAAAUAAUUAAGCUUUGGAUCGAGGAAAUUUCUAAGAAAGGUGAUCAGGUCUGCGUAAUUGAAGCUGCUUUGCUUUUAGAAGCUGGUUGGGAUGAGGUAGUUGAUGAGAUUUGGGUGUGUAUCAUUCCUGAGGUGGAAGCCAUUAAACGCCUUGGAGAUAGAAAUGGAUUGUCGAUUGAUGAAGCAAAAAAAAGACUUUCAAAUCAGAUAACCAAUAAGGACCGUGUUUCUCAAGCAAAUAUUGUAUUGAGCACUCAGUGGGCCCCUGAAUACACUCAAAAACAAGUUGAGAAAGCUUGGGAAGGCUUACAUAAACGAAUUAAGGUUUCGCGAUAAGAUUUACUGUUUGUCGAGCUCAGGAAAAGGUUUAAUGAUCUCCUUUUCUUCGUUUGCUAUUUGUAGCAUCUAAAUCAACACGAAACCACAAUAAAUGAACUAGAAGAAAGCUAUAUUUUAAAUCAAUUUUUUACACAUUUUUUGUCAACCAUUUGUGCUUGAAUAUCUAUGCUAAAGUGUCGUUAUUUCUGAAGAAGAAUUGACGAUAUGGUGGGUAGGGCAAAGCUUGCAAACGACUUUGCGAACAAAGAUUGUUUUUUUGCACUUUGACAAACUUCUCGAAGAGACGGCAACUUAAGCAGAAUUUGAGCAAAUCUGUUUGUUUUCUCUGGAUAUGAACAUUUGAUAUAGUCUUUAAGACAACGUAUUCCUUGGUUGAGGCUUUCCUCGACGGCAUCGUAGUCGCGUAAUUUCGAACAAAAUUCUAUAAAAAAAAACAGUCGUUAAAA